ACGAAGUCCAAAACAAUCAAGAAGUUAUAAAUGAAGGAAAUUUUGAUCGUGAGAAAGCCAUAUCAAAGAUGGCGCCGAAAAAGAAUAAACAGAAGGCAAAGGCGCAAUCCGGUCCGAAGCUUCAGAUUUCGGCCGAAAAUGAGAACCGCCUCCGCCGGCUCUUGCUGAACUCGGCGGCGGCCCGGCCUACCUCUUCACCGGAGACAGCGACGGACGAUACCCUAACCAAGGCUCAGAAGGCAAAGAAGCUCAAAGCUGUUUACGAUAAACUCUCUUGCGAAGGUUUCACUAAUCAUCAAAUCGAGCUUGCUCUCUCUGCUCUCAGGGAAGGUGCUACGUUUGAAUCAGCUCUUGAUUGGUUAUGCUUGAAUUUGCCUGGGAAUGAACUUCCACUCAAGUUUUCUACUGGGACUUCCUCUCAUUAUAGUGAAGGGGGUUCUAUUGGUGUCAUAUUAAAUCGAAGGGACAAUUCAACUCCAUCAGUGGAUCCUUCUAUUACAACCAAGGAAGAAGCUCUAGAACCUGCAGUGUUAAUCAAGAAAAAGUGGUGUGAUGAUUCUUUAGAUUCUUGUCAACUGUCUCAAGCGGAUUGGAUCAGGCAGUAUGUGGAGCAACAGGAAGAGGAUGAAUCCGAGACUUGGGAAGAUGAGAUUUUUUAUGGAGGUAGUGCCACAAAGAAGCCCUGUGAACCUAGGUCUUAUGAUGUUAUUGCUAAGGAGUAUCUAGCUGCAAGGUUGGAAGCUACAAAAGCCAAGGAAAAAAGGGACAAGAAACUUCAGGAGCAGGCAGGCCACAUCAUCCGAAAAUUGAAGCAAGAGUUGUCUGCUCUAGGAUUAUCAGAUGACAAUUUGGCCUUAGAGCAUGAGCAUGAAAUCAGUUCUAACUUCAAAUCUGAGAGAGCAUCCAUGGGUCAUGAUCCUUUUGAUUCCUUUGAAGAAAAAGCUCCAUGUGAAGCUAAAGGAUUACCUUCUGAUGAAACUGCAGUUGAUGGAAGUGAUGUGGAGAGCCAUAACUUGGUGGAGAGGAUGGAAAAAGAUUCUGCUCAAGGAGAGGAUGGAGAAAUUGAGCUUGGUGGUUUCUUCUUGGAGGAUGUACCGUCUGAUGAAAUAUUGCCUCCUGAUAUUUUGAAAGUACAGAAACAAGAAAAAAUUAAAAGACUAACUGAGAAUAAUUUGGAUAAAUUAGAAGGCAUUUGGAAGAAGGGGGACCCUCAAAAGAUUCCAAAGGCUGUUCUUCAUCAGCUAUGUCAGAAAUCAGGGUGGGAAGCUCCAAAAUUCAAUAAAAUUCUUGGUAGAGGAAAAAGUUUAUCCUGUACUGUAAGUAUAUUACGCAAAGCUAGUGGGAGGGGCAAGAACCGAAAAGCAGGGGGAUUGGUCACACUUCAGUUUCCUGAUCAGAAUGAAACUUUUGAAUCUGCUGAGGAUGCACAGAAUAAAGUGGCAGCAUAUGCUUUGUACAAAUUGUUUCCUGAUGUCCCAGUUCAUCUCCCAAUUGCUGAGCCUUAUGCAUUGCUUGUUAUGAAGUGGAUGGAAGGGGAAUCGUUAACCAAUCUAGAAGACAGUGAGGAAGCUCAUAGGUCUGGUUUUGUGGAUUCAUUAUUAAAUGAUGAUGGUUCUGGUGCAACUGCAUCUGUUGGUGUUGCAGAUUAUAAAUUUCCACAAAACUUUGGUAGAUUCCAUGAAAAUAAAAGUUCAAUCAUUGCUAGUCAUCAGCAAUUUGUUCAGAGAGAAUCCUAUAUCGAGGAAAUGGAGAGUGCUGAUUUGAAAAACGUGCAACGUAUUAAAAUGAGAACACAAAGAUACCAGGAUAUGUUGAAAACUAGAGCUACACUUCCUAUUGCUGCAUUAAAGGGUGAUAUAUUGCAAUUGAUGAAGGAAAAUGAUGUUCUUGUUGUUUGUGGGGAAACAGGCUCUGGAAAGACAACUCAGGUUCCCCAAUUUAUAUUGGAUGACAUGAUUGAGUCGGGACAAGGUGGACACUGUAAUAUUAUUUGCACACAACCACGAAGAAUAGCGGCUAUUUCUGUGGCUGAAAGGGUCGCAGAGGAGCGGUGUGAACCUUCACCUGGUUUGGACAGUUCCAUGAUUGGUUAUCAAGUUCGUCUGGAUAGUGCCAGGAAUGAGAAAACAAAGCUUUUGUUCUGUACAACAGGCAUCCUUCUCAGAAAAAUGACGGGGGGCCAAAGCUUGUCUGGCAUUACGCAUAUCAUAGUUGAUGAAGUUCAUGAGAGGUCUUUAUUGGGUGAUUUUCUUCUAAUUGUUCUAAAAAAUCUUACUGAGAAGCAAUCCAGUGAAAGCUCAAGAAAACUGAAGAUCAUUCUAAUGUCUGCAACAGUUGAUGCAAGUUUAUUUUCAAGAUACUUCAGCCAUUGCCCUGUAGUUACUGCAGAAGGAAGGACUCAUCCAGUGACAACAUACUUUCUCGAGGAUAUAUAUGAAUGGAUUAAGUAUAAACUUGCUUCAGAUUCUCCUGCUUGUUUAACAUAUGGGACAUUUCCCAAAGGACAGAAUUUGCAGAGAGGUGUUGUGACAAAUAGCAGGGGGAAGAAGAAUCUAGUCUUAUCUGCAUGGGGUGAUGAGUCUCUUCUUUCUGAAGAAUAUUUUAAUCCGUAUUUUUUUCUAAGUCACUAUCAAUCAUAUAGUGAACAAACUCAACAAAAUAUGAAAAGACUGAAUGAAGAUGUCAUUGAUUAUGAUCUUCUUGAAGAUCUGAUUUGUUUCAUUGAUGAAAAUUGUGGUGAGGGUGCCAUCCUUGUAUUCCUACCUGGAGUGUCAGAAAUAAACUAUUUAUAUGAUAAGUUGGUGUCUUCAUACCAAUUUGGUGGGCCAUCUUCUGAUUGGGUUAUUCCUUUGCAUUCAUCAGUUGCAUCAAAUGAACAGAAAAGGGCGUUUUUACGCCCUCCAGAAAAUAUACGUAAGGUUGUUAUAGCCACAAAUAUAGCAGAGACAAGCAUAACAAUAGAUGACGUGAUAUAUGUAAUUGACUCUGGAAAACAUAAGGAGAAUCGCUAUAAUCCUCAGAAGAAAUUAUCCAGCAUUGUUGAAGAUUGGAUUUCUCAAGCAAAUGCAAUGCAGCGUCGGGGUAGAGCUGGACGUGUAAAGCCUGGAAUUUGUUUUUGUUUGUACACUCGUCAUAGAUUUGAGAAACUUUUGCGUCCGUAUCAGGUUCCAGAGAUGCUUCGGAUGCCAUUAGUUGAAUUGUGCCUGCAAAUUAAGUUACUGUCUCUUGGAUAUAUCAAGCCAUUUUUGUCUGAGGCAUUAGAACCUCCCAAAGUUGAGGCAAUGGAUUCGGCAAUAUCUUUGUUGUAUGAGGUUGGAGCUCUUGAAGGGGAUGAGGACUUGACACCUCUUGGGCAUCAUCUGGCAAGACUGCCUGUGGAUGUAUUAAUUGGGAAGAUGAUGCUAUAUGGUGCAAUAUUUGGUUGUUUGUCUCCUAUUCUUUCAGUUGCUGCAUUUCUGAGUUACAAGUCUCCAUUUGUGUAUCCUAAGGAUGAGAGGCAAAAUGUUGAAAGAGCAAAAUUGUCAUUGUUGAAUGAUAAGCUAGAUGGGCCUGGAAACACCAAUGAUGUUGAUCGGCAAUCUGAUCAUUUACUGAUGAUGUCAGCAUAUAAAAGAUGGGAGAGGAUUUUGACUGAGAAAGGAACUAAGGCUGCACAGAAAUUCUGCAAUUCAUUUUUUUUGAGCAGCUCUGUAAUGUUUAUGAUAAGGGAGAUGAGGAUACAGUUUGGAACUUUGAUAGCUGACAUUGGUCUCAUCAAUCUCCCGAAAGAUUAUCAGAUGGAUGGAAAAAAGACGGGGAACCUUGACAGUUGGCUUUCUAAUGCAUCACAACCAUUUAAUAUAUAUGCUCAUCAUCCAUCGAUUCUCAAGGCUAUACUAUGUGCGGGUUUAUACCCCAACAUAGCAGCCAGUGAACAAGGCAUUGUUGCAGCAGCUCUCACCAGCCUUAAGCAGUCUUCUAGCUCUGCAAAUUCUGGUCAUAGAGUCUGGUUUGAUGGAAGAAGAGAGGUUCAUAUCCACCCUUCUUCUAUCAACAGUAACACAAAAGCAUUUCAUUACCCCUUUCUUGUUUUCCUUGAAAAGGUUGAAACAAACAAAAUAUUCCUUCGAGAUACUUCAGUCAUUUCUCCAUACUCUAUAUUACUGUUUGGAGGGUCAAUCAAUGUCCAACAUCAGUCUGGACUGGUGACAAUCGAUGGAUGGUUGAAAUUGAGUGCACCUGCCCAGAUAGCUGUCUUGUUCAAGGAGCUGCGAUUAGCUCUCAAUUCUGUUCUGAAGGAACUUACUAGAAAACCGGAGAAUGCCAUUGUUCUGAAUAAUGAGAUCAUUAAAUCUAUCAUCACUCUGCUUUUGGAAGAAGGAACCAUCCAUCAAUGAUUGAGUAUCAGCUGAUGUAAGCUAAAUCAUUUCUUUAAUUUAAAGCUGCUCCAAGA